AUGCGUUCUUCACAUCUUGCCCUUGCUAUUGCUUCACUUACAGCUUUGACGCAAGCUCUUACAUUGGACGAUAUCUGUACACCAACUUAUCUCUCAGCCAACUUUCCAGCUGUCGAUUUCUAUGAUGGGAUAACUCUUGAUCUGUUGACCUCCUGGGAUCUUGGCAGCAUAUGCAUAUAUAUUGCAUGA